UAAAGUGUAGCCAGUCCACCAUUAGUGAACUAUAUGCAAAGGCCUCAAGACUGAAAUCUUCAAAAGAACUGAGUCUUCGAGGCCGGGAGUUAUAUGACAAAAUGCAAACCUGGUUAACAUCAUCAGCUGCUCAGAAGGAAACCCAAAGAAGUAUGAUACAGCAAAGGGCAUACAGUGCCAAACCUACUCCGCCAAGAAAGAAGGGAUCUAAGGCUAUCAAAUUUUCUGCAGUUCAAAUGGCUGUGUUGGUCAAAUUAUAUAGAAAAGAUGACAGACCAGCAACAAAGAAACAGCAACUGAUAGCUGAAGUCCUUAAUUUGGAAAUUCACCAAAUAAGGACUUGGUUCAACAAUCAACGAGCCAGAAAUUUUCCAGCAGGAAAAGAACAUUCUUCACAGAACAUUCCAGAUGAUCUUGAUAUCUUUGUAAAUAAUUACUAACAGUGAACUUGUAUGUUUUAAUGGGACUUAAUUUUCUAACUGUAUUUGGGCUUCAAAAUUAUUCAUUUUUAUUUUAAAAAUGGGGGUGGGGGUAAUGAAAUAUUCUUUUUCCAAUUUUGAU